GGUAGGCGGACUCGAAGCCCAGGUCGCAUAGAAGGUGUCCGGGUUCCUUACUCUUAACUGGGCACCGCGGAUUCCGGGGUAGCUGCCGCCCAGCCAGACCCAAGGCGUCAGCCGGGGGGAAAGAGAAGCACUGAGGUUGGCAGGGGCCUGGAAGUGGUGUGCGAAGUAUACGGUAUCCUCGAGAGCUUGCUCCGUGUUGAGAUAUUUGUAGCCGACAGGGUCAAGAAGUUCUCCGGUGGUGGUGUUGAUGGGAUAGGGAUAGCUGCCUUGGUCCAGACCGCCGUAGUACCUGUGCUCAACGAGCAGGGCAAUGCCGCCGAACCGACGAGCAAGUGCCAUGAUGGCCGAGGGCCCUGCCACCUCGUUGAGGAAAUAAGGCACCAGGGGCUGAGCAUUCUGCUCGCCAGCAUCAAACCAGAAGACGGGACCACCUUGCCUGUAGAAAGACGCGUUGUACCAGUAACGGUUCUGAAAUGUGCGGGUGUCGGAAGCGUUGAAAUGGUCUACUGGUAUUGUCAUCCACGAUGGUGGGUAGUCAGAGCCGUUGAUACUGGCGAUCUGGCGAGCAUUCAACCCUCCAGAACGAGGUAGCUGGGUAUGUCGCAGAAAGGUGUCUUUGGCUCUGGGAACUGCUGCCUCAACGAGCAAGGCAGCUCGCAGCAGUGAGAAGAUUGUGGCCGUCAACAUGGUUGUAAGUAAGGGGGCACUGGUCACUACUUAGGCAGUGACAAUUACAUGCAGCGCAGAGAUGCGAGACGUGGAAGUUUGAAUCCUUUUAAUCCUUUUAAUCCAGGCCAUAUCAAUCUCGUCAAGGCAGUGAGUAUCUCAAUCUCCCCUUCUUCUUUUUUGUGCUUCCUUGUCACUUACAUCACCACAGCAAACAAGUCUUACCCGGCUGCGACCUUCCCAGCGGAGGCUGGUGCAAGGUGUCGAGUGUUCGGCCUUGAGCGGGGUGCAUCGCACUAACACGGAGAGGAUGCAUUGCUGUGGAGGAGGGAAGGCGUCUAUGACGAGGGCUGAUGGCUGUUAUCAAGGUGAUGGAGGGCAUAGGGUCGUUGCAUGAUAAGAUGCUUCUGAUUAAACGCUGGUCAAUGCACCAAGACAGGGGGGUCUGAAGGGUCAGGGGUGGGUCUGCCUUGGGCUCUUUAGCACCCUGACGCGACGAGACGCGUCCACUGCAGCGCAGAAGCCCCACCGGCUGUUGAAGUUGCAACCAACCUCAUCAUCAAGCAGUCAGUCCCCCGCCUUCAACCCUUUCCAGCAGCAGCAUCUUGUUGGUCACGCCCGGGCAGAAGUCACACAACCUUCCACAAUGUCGGAUUUCGAGGAUGAGAUGGACAUUGACGUCCCUGCACCGUCCAAGGACAUCACCUUCUCGUCGGACAACACUGCCAAAGGCAAACGAAGUGCCGCCAACCUACCCGUCGAGGCCGAGGACAGCUUGCCAUGGGUUGAGAAAUACCGUCCAGCCACCCUCGCCGACGUCUCUGGCCACCAAGACAUCCUCGCCACCAUCAACAAGUUUGUCGACUCAAACCGUCUUCCUCACCUCCUCCUUUACGGCCCUCCCGGUACCGGAAAAACCUCCACGAUCCUUGCGCUCGCCCGCCGCAUCUACGGCGCCGACAACAUGAGGCAGAUGGUUCUCGAGCUGAACGCCUCCGACGACCGUGGUAUCGACGUAGUGCGCGAGCAAAUCAAGACCUUUGCAUCAACAAAGCAGAUAUUCACCAUUGGGGGCGCCGGAAGAGGCGGCAGCAGCAGCCUGGCUUCCUACAAGCUGAUCAUCCUGGAUGAGGCCGACGCAAUGACAAAUACAGCACAGAUGGCUCUGCGCCGCAUCAUGGAGAAGUACACGGCCAACACUCGGUUCUGUAUUAUUGCCAACUACUCGCACAAGCUGUCCCCGGCCCUGCUGUCGCGAUGCACGAGAUUCAGGUUCAGCCCCCUGAAAGAGGCCGACAUCAGGGUGCUUGUGGACAAGGUCAUCGAGGAGGAGCACGUCAAGAUCGACUCUGACGCCACCCAGGCUCUCGUGAGGCUCAGCAGAGGUGAUAUGCGGCGAGCACUCAAUGUGCUUCAGGCUUGCCAUGCCUCCAGCACCCCGCUGCAGCCACGCGACGCCCCCAAGAUAGCAGAGGCGGACAUUGUCAGGGAGACCAUCACUCUCGAGACCAUCUACAACUGUAUCGCCGCGCCACCUCCAGAUGCCAUCCAAGACAUAUUGCAAACCUUGCUGAGCACCAGUGACGUGACUUCUUGCCUGACAACUGUCAACACGUUGAAGGCCGCCAGGGGCCUCGCCCUCGCUGACAUCAUCACCUCCUUGUCGGAAGAGGUGGCUAAACUGCAAGUCAAGCCGGAGGUCAUGAUAACAUGGCUGGAUGCUCUCUCGCAGAUCGAGCACCGGAUGGCAGGAGGAGGCUCAGAAUCAGUUCAGACCGGCGCAGUCGUCGGCGCCAUCCGAAACGGCGUUGAGCUCAUGGGCUGAGUGACGGCAGUGGCACAACACACACCUGGGCAAACGUAAUGUAUGGGACAUGGACGAUAUUGCAUGCUAUGGAGUUGGGGAUCUGGAAGCUUGAAUGACUACCCGAGGGUUUUACUGGCCGAAUUGGUAGACGAUCGCUCAUAUUAACCAAACAGGCUUCAGGGCCUGUGAACUUUA